AUGCCCAACAGCAGCUCCAUCAGCGAGUUCCUCCUCCUGGCGUUGGCAGACACGCGGCAGCUGCAGCUCCUGCACUUCUGGCUCUUGCUGGGCAUCUACCUGGCUGCCCUCCUGGGCAACGGCCUCAUCAGCACAGCCGUAGCCUGCCACCACCGCCUGCACACCCCCAUGUACUUCUUCCUCCUCAACCUCGCCCUCCUCGACCUGGGCUGCAUCUCCACCACUCUCCCCAAAGCCAUGGCCAAUGCCCUCUGGGACACCAGGCACAUCUCCUAUGCUGGAUGUGUUGCGCAAACAUUUCUGUUUGUCUUUUUCAUUUCAGCAGAGUACUCUCUUCUCACCAUCAUGUCCUAUGACCGCUAUGUUGCCAUCUGCAAGCCCCUGCACUAUGGGACCUUGAUGGACAGCAGAGCUUGUGCCACCAUGGCAGCAGCUGCCUGGGGCACUGGGCUUCUCCAUGCUCUGCUGCACACUGCCAGUACAUUUUCAAUACCACUUUGCCAACACAAUGCCAUUGACCAGUUCUUCUGUGAAGUAGCCCAUAUCCUCAAGCUCUCCUGCUCAGAAUCAGACUACCUCAGGGAAACUGUGAAUGUCUAUUUUAGUCUUUGUUUAAUCUUUGGUUGUUUUGUAUUCAUUGUUGUGUCCUAUGUGCAGAUCUUCAGGGUUGUGCUGAAGAUGCCCUCUGAGCAGGAACGGCACAAAGCCUUCUCCACGUGCCUCCCUCACCUGGCUGUGGUCUCCCUGUUAGUCAGCACUCUCUUGUUUGCCUACCUGAAGCCACAGUCCCUUUCUUCCCCAUCUCUGGACCUGGUGGUGUCAUUUCUGUACUCAGUGAUACCUCCCACAGUGAAUCCUUUCAUCUAUGCUGUGAGGAACCAGAAGCUCAGGGAUGCCCUGAGAAAACUUUGGGAAAUUCCCAGCUGUAGCAGAAAAUAUUAGGACAACAUUUUGUUUCAUGUUGUGUUUGUUAUUUCCUAAAGCUUGCAUUUCCUUUUAAAUACAGUUAUCUUAAUUAUGUUAUUAUA